UUUCUUAUCUCUAUGUAGAGCCCAUAGAGCUACAUCAACGCGAGUGUAUUUAGUCUGUUAUAUCAAACGGCUCUUUGUCCCUUCGGGACGCGAUACGGCGGGCUGCGUUUGGGCCUUUUCUACCUAGCGGAGGGAGAAGGAGUAGAGAGAGGGUGGCCUCUUCUUCCCAAGCUAGGCUCCUUUCCCGGCGGCCUUUAAUUCUCCUCCUCCCCGGCUUUUCUUCCCGGACAGGUUGGGCACCAUGGCCCAGCGGGCCUUCCCGAACCCCUUCGCCGACUAUGACAAGUCCUUGGCCACGGGAUACUUUGACGCCGCCGGCAGGUGCCUCCUAAUAGGUUGCCCAUGAAAACCUACUGGGUGACCUUGGACAAGUUACACUCUCUCAGCCGCAGAGCAUGGCAAUGGCAAACCUCCUCUGAAGAAACCUCCCAAGAAAACCCUGUGAUAAGUUUGUCUAAGGAUCAAGUUCAAAACGAUUUGAAGCUGACUCCUCAGUUCACUCAGCACCUGAACAAUAAAAUCAGAGAGCUUCUCCAGCAGAUGGAAAAGGGGCUCAAAUCUGCAGACCCCAGGGAUUGCACUGGCUACACUGGCUGGGCAGGCAUUGCUUUGCUAUACUUGCACCUGUAUGAUGUAUAUGGCGACUCAUCCUACCUUCAGAUGGCUCAGGAGUAUGUAAAGAAGAGCCUUAGCUGCCUGACCAAGCGAUCCAUCACCUUUUUAUGUGGGGAUGCUGGACCUUUGGCGGUGGCUGCUGUAGUGUACCGCAAGCUGCACAGUGACAAACAAGCAGAAGAUUGCAUUGCUCGCUUGUUACACCUGCCCAAACUUGACCCGCGAGUUCCUGAUGAGAUGCUGUAUGGACGCAUGGGGUACUUGUAUGCUUUGCUCUUUGUGAAUAAACAUUUUGGAGAGGAAAAGAUCCCACAGAACUAUAUCCAACAGGUCUGUGAGGCAGUUCUGGCAUCUGGUGAGAGCCUGGCUAAAAGGCGGAACUUCACAGCGAAGAGCCCACUGAUGUAUGAGUGGUACCAGGAAUACUAUGUAGGAGCAGCCCAUGGCCUGGCAGGGAUUUAUUACUAUCUCAUGCAGCCAGGCCUUGGUGUAAGUCAAGCAAAACUGCAUAACAUGGUCAAGCCAAGCGUGGAUUAUGUCUGCCAGCUCAAGUUCCCAUCUGGUAAUUACCCUCCCUGUAUUGGAGACAACAGAGACCUGCUUGUUCAUUGGUGCCAUGGUGCACCUGGUGUUAUCUACAUGCUCCUUCAGGCCUAUAAGGUAUUUGGGGAACAGAAGUACCUCAGCGAUGCCUUGCAGUGUGCUGAAGUGAUAUGGCAGUGGGGGUUGCUGAAGAAAGGUUACGGUCUGUGUCAUGGUACAGCUGGCAAUGCAUAUGCCUUCCUGACUCUCUACAACCUCACUCAAGACAUGAAAUAUCUUUACAGAGCUUGCAAGUUUGCAGAAUGGUGUUUGAGUUAUGGACAGCAUGGAUGUCGAACACCAGAUACUCCAUUUUCUCUCUUUGAAGGAAUGGCUGGAACGAUAUAUUUUCUUGCUGACCUUCUGGUACCAACCAAGGCCAAGUUCCCAGCUUUUGAACUAUAAAUUUCAUACCAACAGUUACUGGCAUGAAGCUUGUUGCACCUCACCUUUCAAGUGAAAUGGGCCGUCAUCUCAUGUCUAAGUUAGCAAAGCCAAAUCUUUGGAGUUCUCAUUGUUUUACAUUAGUUUCUGGUUUUAGUCUACCAUUAAAAGUGAGUAGCCUCUGUUUUAUUUCUAAGGGUUGUUUAAGUUUACAGGAGAGGUGGAAUCACAUGACCCUCUAGGUAGUGUUGGAUUGCAAAUUCCAGCAUCCUGAUCUGUCACCUAGCAAAAUUAUCAGUGAGAUUUGCAGCACUAUCUGGAGGGUCUCAGAAUUUCUGUUCAUGGUGUAGAGAAGAAGAAACGGGAUCUUCUCACAGGGAAAUGUACUAUAUUUUGUUGGAGCAUUUUAAAAAAUCUCAAGAGUAUUGCUAUUUUAUGUAUCUGAAUUUGAGGAAUGAAAAGUACGUGUUUUUGUUUUUUUCUUCUAUUAAAUACAGCUUUGUCAAUUUUUGUUAGUGCUGCCACUUUCAUAGCUCUGGUUUGGUUAAUUUGGGGGGAAGGAGUGGAAGGUACAAAGGCGAAAUAAAUGGAGUCCAGUUGUUUUGGCUUUAUUUAGUAGUAGCUAUAGAACAUAUUCACCUUAAGAAACUUAUAGAUCUCAACAGAAUGCUUCCCUCGUUGUCUCUUCAAGAGACUGCAACAGCUACUUUGACAGGAAUGUACCAAAGUCUUAUCUUAAUCUCUAAUCUUCUUGCUUUCUAUGCAAAAGUUCCACUGAACUAGUGCUUGCUUCAGCAACUGGACUAAGUAAGCUUCUCACACUUGAACUACUGUGUUUCUUGAACAAAUACUCCAAGCUCUGUGGCAACCCAUAUGCAACAAGCCUAUGGGGCAUCCUGACUUAUCACCCCAUGCUCUCCUUUUAUCUGCAAAAUAGCUGCAUCCUCCCUAGCACAGCAGUGUACUGUGGGAUGUUGUAGUAAAUGGCUAUCCAUCAUUUGUCAGCAGCCUGAUGUUAACUUAACCCAGGCUGCAGAUGUUCUGAAUAUGACCGAAAACUUGAACAUAUCCUUCUCAUGCCUGUUUAUACAGGCACCAAACAUGAUUCAGGACAAGUUAGUUAGUUAUAUCCAUACCUAAAUGGCCCUGGCAACUGACUGCUCUGCUCCUUCAUUGCCAGAAGGCACUAUUAGUUUUGCAGUUUCCCCAAUCCCAUUUCAGCAGAAGUGACUUUAGAUUUUCCAGUGUUUUUUUUAAUAUAUAUAUAAUGGGCAGCUACAAAAAGGACACUGCUACCAGAAUGUAAACCAUGUCUUUUAGACAGCAACAUUAAACACUGAGUAUAUGCUGUAUGAGGCAGGCACUAUGAAAGUGUUGCAGUGUCAUUGACAAAAUAUUUCAGCGUUCAUUGUUUGGACGAUUAAUGUGAAGCCCUUGAAAUACAGUAUGGCUAAUCUACCUUACUGAGUGUUAUGAUUGUAGCAAUUAAACCUGCUUUGGACAAGUA